CUCAGUCUGUCGUGAACUCGUGCCGCGCGUGUUUGUUUCAAUAUCGACUUCUGUUGUUGGCUUUUACCUACGCAGUAACCAAACAGGUACAACCCCAACGCUCGUGUACUGUGCUGUGAAUGAUCGUAAACCAAACGAAGCAGUAUCGUUCCAGCAGGUGACCGGUAGUGAAGUGAUUAUUUUCCAACCAGCCAUCAGCAAAGACUAGCAAGUUAUUUCAAGUGGAACUAAGUAAUCAGCGGAUAUUAUCGCUAGACGUCGUCGCAGCAACCCGAUCUGUUAUUCCAGCACAGUAACAGCAACAGUGACAGUAACGACAACCAUGGGCAACGCAUGCUCGAACAACUCCAAAAUGCAGUCGCCGCUACCCGGUGGUAGAUACCAACCUGAGAACGCCAGCGGGAAAACACACACCACAGCAGGCUGCAUGACCAACGGCAUUGGCAGCCUGAGCACCAGCGCCUCCCGUAAUGCAACAGCGGCAGCCGCAGCAGUCUGUAGUGAGCUGUCAAACGGAAAAGAAGCACUCCAGAGCAAAGCGGCUCUAGCAGGUAGUUCCAUCUUUAACAUCAGCACCAACAUGAGUGAACCGAGUCGUGAUCGUCUCGGCCAGUGGCCAGCGGAAUCCGAUGGUGAAGUUGCCGGUGGAGUACCCGGAUUCUCCCGGCUGCGCAACGGACGGUUUAACAAGGGUCUCGCAUUCACCAUCGAGGAACGCCAAGCGUUGGGCAUCCACGGUCUUCUCCCGGCGAUCGUUCGUUCCGAGGAGGAGCAGGUUAAGCACAGCCUGACCCUGCUGAAUCGCUACGAGAACGAUCUGGACAAGUACAUCUAUCUGGUCGGACUGAUGGAUCGUAACGAGCGUCUGUUCUAUCGAGUUUUGGCAUCGGAUAUCGGUAACAUGAUGCCCCUGGUUUACACGCCGACUGUGGGACUGGCCUGCCAAAAAUAUAGCAUGAUCUUUCAGCAACCGAAGGGCAUGUACAUCACGAUCAACGAUAAAGGACACGUGUACGAUGUGUUGAAGAAUUGGCCCGAGACGGAUGUGCGCGCUAUCGUCGUCACCGAUGGUGAGCGUAUUUUGGGUCUGGGAGAUUUGGGUGCCAACGGAAUGGGUAUUCCCGUCGGUAAGCUUGCCCUUUACACGGCUCUGGCAGGAAUCAAGCCUCACCAGUGCUUACCGAUCACAUUGGAUGUGGGAACGAACACGCAAAGUAUUCUGGAUGAUCCGCUGUACGUUGGUCUUCGGCAUAAACGUGUCACCGGGGAAAGGUAUGAUGAGUUCAUCGAAGAAUUCAUGCAAGCUGCCGUUCGUCGUUUUGGCCGCAACUGUCUGAUUCAGUUCGAGGACUUUGCUAACGCAAACGCUUUCCGCUUCCUGGACAAAUAUCGUGACCACUAUUGUACCUUCAACGACGACAUCCAGGGAACGGCUUCGGUGGCCGUCGCUGGUCUGCUGGCUUCGCUGCGUGUAACCAAGACCAAACUUAGUGAAAACAAGAUCUUGUUCCAGGGAGCCGGCGAAGCUGCUCUUGGAAUUGCCGAACUGUGCAUGAUGGCCAUGUGUAAGGAUGGCUUAAGCGUAGAGGAAGCACGAAAACGGAUUUGGUUGGUUGACAGUAAAGGUCUGAUCGUGAAGGAUCGCCCCAAGGGUGGCAUCUCCGGCCACAAACACCACUAUGCUCACGAGCACGCUCCUGUUGACACUUUGACGGAAGCUGUCAAAGUGUUGAAACCGACCGUCAUCAUCGGUGCAGCUGCGAUUGCGGGUGCUUUCACUCCGGAAAUUCUUAGCACCAUGGCCGAAAUCAACGAACGCCCGAUCAUCUUUGCCCUGUCCAACCCGACCAGCAAAGCGGAAUGUACCGCCGAACAGGCAUACCAGCACACCGAUGGUCGGUGUGUUUUUGCCUCCGGAUCUCCCUUCGCCCCUGUCACCUACAAGGGUCGUACGUAUUACCCGGGACAGGGUAACAACUCGUACAUUUUCCCCGGUGUUGCUCUCGGAGUAAUCUGUGCCGGAGCAGCCACCAUCCCGGAGGAUAUUUUUCUCAUCUCGGCUCAAAGACUGGCGGAUAUUGUCACCGAAGGUGACCUCGAGCGGGGAAGUCUCUACCCACCACUGGAAGCGAUCCAGGACUGCUCGAUUAAAAUUGCCGUCCGCGUAAUGGAGUACGCGUACGAAAAUGGGCUGGCCUGCACCAAGCCGGAACCAAGCGAAAAGGAAGCGUUCGUGCGUUCGCAAAUGUACGAUCUGGACUAUAAGUCGGCCCUGCCUGCGAUCUACCCGUGGCCCAAGCUGUAGAUAGAAUGAAGUUUCAGCUACGUUGUCGUUCCGUUUCUUGCAUCUUUAUUUCGUAUUUUGUAUUUUGCAUAGCAAAAAGAUUUCAAACACGGGUGCCAACUGUGAGCUAAAUCGAAUUAUUUUAGAACAUUGAAAGAGGAGGGAGGAGAUGUUUUGUAUAUUAUUUUAAAGCGUAGGUUAACUUAGGUGAAAUGAUUUCUGUCAAUACAAGCAUCGCGCUGUUCAUCUUUUGUUCCCCAAUUACACUGUAUUAUAUUAAUGAUCAUCCUUGUUUUGUCUGCAGUAAUUUACAAGAAAAAAAAAGAAUCAUGCUUAUCUGUGUACUCUUGCAGCACUCUCAUAAAACCUACAAGAGAAUUCUUUCUAAUUCGUAAUUUAUUCGAACCAACAUAAUUCAUAAGAAAAUAAAACGCAGUAAGAUGUAUGAUCAACCAUUGGCUGAUAUAUGGUACUACAAAUAAAUGUGUAAGUGGCUAUCACAUUGGUA